GUGAUAUUUUCCAUCUAUCUUAAUUCUUAAAUAUGAGAACCUUAUCAAAUCUCCCUGAUCUCUCUCUUCAUAUCAGCCCACCAUCUUCCCACGGCGCCGGCGCCGGCCACUUAGAUAUUCAACCGCCGCCGGCAGAAGGGUAUUUCAGACACUUCUUCAACUCUCCAAUCGAUCCAAGGUUAAUCCCAGUUCCUCAAUAUCAUCAUACCUACUACCGGCGGCCGGAAAUCUACCGCGAUCCAGAGUUCAAGAUCAGAAACAGUUCGAGGACGGCCGGAAAUGUUAGAGCUCCGAGAAUGAGAUGGACUUCUUCUCUUCACGCUCACUUUGUUCAUUCUGUUCAACUACUUGGCGGCCAUGAAAGAGCAACUCCAAAGUCUGUUCUAGAACUGAUGAAUGUGAAGGAUCUAACCCUAGCUCAUGUGAAGAGCCACUUACAGAUGUAUAGAACUGUAAAAGGCACUACUGACAAGGCAAAUUCAGGUAAGGGUUUGGGAGAAAAGAGAAUGAAAAUGGUUGAAAUGGAGGCAGCAGGAUUGUCUAGUGAGAAAGCUGAAGCUAGUUAUAUCCAUUCUUCUCUUGGCCCAUCACCACCACCAGCUUUUUCCCAUCAUUGAAGAUUGAAUAUCUUUCAGGAUUAAUUAGUUAUUAUGUUUAAUUAAUUAACCUAGCUAGUUUUAUAGGUUUCUAAUUAAUUAGUUUGUACACAUGUCAUUGUGACAUACUUCUAUUAAAUGAAAUUUCAGACUUUAUAAUAUGUUUUGUUAGAAUAAUGGUGCAAUGUUAU